AUGUUAGAAUCUAGAUGGGCUACCAAUAACACAUCUGCAGCAAACGAUGUUGAAACAGUUGACAAAAAUAUGAAAUCUAAAGUCAAAAAUAAUGAUCAGCGAGAAGUACUUCCAAAUGUUGAAAAAAGUAGUAGUCAAAACAACAUUGAAAAAGGGGACAAUUCCAGUGGAAGUCAAAAGCUAGAAAAUGUCUCUUCAAAAAGCAAAGCUAAAAGUCAAUGGACAGAAGCAGAUCAAGAAGAGUUUGAUCGAAAGAUAAGGGAAAAGCUUUUAAAGAAGGAUCGUGGACGUUUCAAUGAAAAACAUGAACUGAAUGGUAAAAAACAUCCAAGUUCAAAUACAGUUAAAGGACAUCAAACUUUCAACCACCAUAUAAAUUCACAAGGCUUUGACUCUUUACAUUCUCAGGAUAGCAAUCAAUUAAGAAAUGAUCAAAGCCCGCAGAAAAAUUCAAACAGGAAUCAUAACCCAUCUCGAGGACAUGUCUAUUCAUCACAAAGUGAUGACAGUACUCGGUCAAGCAAGACAAAUGGGAGUCGCUUUCUGAGGGAAUCAAUUAGCACGCGCCUGUCCACCGAGUCUGAGGAUUUGGUUCCUCCUGGACCAAUGACAAAAGCCGCCAAAGCAUUAGCCGAUAGGAUACUGUUGCCAAAUUCAACAGAGCCAACCGAGCCAACAGAACCAAAGUUAAAGUCAACGUCGAAGUCAAAACCAAAGUCAAAACCAAAUUAUCAACACGAGCGCGAACGUGCACCUAGAUACAGACAUGGUCGGGAGCCUAGAGAUAAAUCGUUUCAUACUCAUGCUGAUCAUACUUUCCAUGAGCAAGAAAAAGAAGAACAGGAGGAUUCUGGUAACGUGAUGAAGCAGGAAGAUUUAGCAAAGAUGUGGGAAAGCUUGGGUGACGAGCCACUUGAUUGGGCAAGCAUGGAUGACUGA